UUUUAUCGUCCCUUUAGUCUCCGCCAAAUCCCGAUAGGAGUUAGUCAAAGUUCUUGAAGUACAUAAGUAAGAUGUCAGGACGCGGUAAAGGCAAAAUCAACAAAUCCAAAGUAAAAACAAGAUCAAGUAGAGCUGGCUUACAGUUUCCAGUUGGUAGAAUUCACCGCUUUCUUCGCAAGGGAAAUUACGCUGAGCGAGUUGGUGCUGGAGCUCCCGUAUACAUGGCCGCCGUUCUCGAAUACCUCACCGCCGAAAUCCUUGAGUUAGCCGGUAACGCCGCAAGAGACAACAAAAAGAGCCGAAUUGUACCCAGGCAUCUUCAGCUAGCAGUCAGGAACGACGAAGAAUUGAAUAAGCUCCUACAAGGAGUAACUAUCGCCCAAGGCGGAGUGUUACCGAACAUACAAGCUGUUUUGCUUCCGAAAAAGUCCAACACUGGUGGUAGCGGGAAAUCCAAGAAAGGCUUGGGAAGCAGUCAAAGCCAGGAAUACUAAACAAGCAAGGCUUCUACGUAUAAACGGCUCUUUUUUUUUUUUUUUUUUGAGCCACUAAUAAGGAUAAAGAAAGUGAGUGAUCGCUGUAAUUUGACAUUUAUUGAGUGAAUAUGUGAACAAGAUGGCUGACUUGUUUUGGGGUCAGGUUUAGCGGAUUCUGUAUCAUAGUUAAAUAGAUAAUAGAAUUUAUUGUAUAUAUGAAUAUGAUUGAAAGUAUAGAAAGUCCAUGAUUUACCUUGUUUAUUUUUGUGUUUUGUACAAUAAAGAUUUUUUAUGUUA